AUGUCACCAACAUCACCCAAUCAUAUUAUCAAAAGAGCUAAAACAGUUUAUGGAAUACCUCGUGAACCACCGAUUCAAAUCAUCAAUCAAAAUCAAUCAGAACAAUCAGAAGAAUCAAAUCCGACUUCUCCUUUACCUUUCCUCAAUCGUAAAAGUCUUCAAGAUCAAUUAGCAGAAAUAGAUAAUUUAGAUGAUGAUCAAUUACCACCCAUACCAUCAUCACAAGGAGAAGUUCAACUUUCUCCUACUGUUUCUACAACUCAUGAUCAAACUGGAUCCACAAUGAAUCGAUUAUGUUCAUCACAAAGUAAUUUUACUACUCAACCACCUACUUCAAUUUCAAAAUCAAUUGCUGCCCUUACUGGUUCUCCUUCUAGUCAUGGUCCUUUUACUCCGCCUGAUUUGUCUCCAUCAUUACUUAGACCUCCCGUCGAAAAAGAACAAAAUCAUACGCGAAAUAGAAUCCGAAUUAGUAACUCAGAUGAUGAAGAUGAAGAAGAUCAAUUACUGCCUAAACCUAAUACCAAAGCUAUUAGUCCCCCUCCCCAACACUGGAUCCUCAGCGUCAAGAUGACGAUGACUUUUUACCUGAAUUUUGAUCCUACUUAUAUUGAUGAAGAGGGGGGGGGGACGCGCAAUCGCUGA